AUGGCAGCAAUAGUUAUGAGAGUGUGUACGGCAUUCGUCCCUCCGAAAGUCGAAAAGAACGCUGCGAUCCGGUUUGGCAUCCUGGGGGCGCGGCCCAGAUUGCGUGAGCAUUCAAAUGAUUGGACCUUGAAAAUCACGCUGACCUUUCAUCUUAGACCUCUUUCCUUUAUCACACCUGCCCUCUCAUAUCCCGAGGUUAUUGUGCAAGUAGUCGCUGCUAGAGAUCAUGCUCGUGCCUCGGCAUUCGCCAAAAAGCACAACAUCCCCGAUGUUCGCUCAUCCUAUAACGGUGCCUAA